AGCACCAUUCAUGCCUCUCUCUCUCUCUCUGUGUGGGUGAUGUGUUUGCCCUUUUGUUUGUUCAACACAUAGCUUGUUUGCCCUUUUAAUUCAAAGAUUUCAAUAAAGAAUUGUUCGUGAGAACGAUAGCUGUGGUUUACAUUGAUAUAAAAAGCUGAAAUUUUAGAAGAUGAAAGAGAAAGGAGAGAAGACUGAUCGUCUGAGCAUGUUUAUCAAAACUCGAACAAAGAAGAAGAAAAAUGAUGAAGAUGAAGUUUUUGACGAGGACAGUGCUGAUUUUAUUAAUCAAUUCAACCAAUGUUUGGAAGAAAGGGUAGAAGAUGAACAAGAUGAGUCAUUUAGAGAGGAAAUAUUUACUAAAGUGAUGGGAAUUGAUGCACAUGGGCGUGUUCGCAUGUAUGGGGAUGGUGUAACUCCAUCUCAAGUGUUUGGUCAAAAAUCAAAUUCUGACAAUAAUGAGAAUAGGAUGACAGAGGAGCUAGAGAAACAAUAUCAGUCAAAAAUAGAUGAUCUCCAAUCCAAGUUAAAUGAAGUUAGCUCACAACUCAAUCAAGUAAUGAUUCAUCUUGGUUUCCAAACCACCCCAGAAGAAAUCGGAAGCGGCCAGAUUCCAGAUGCCUCAAGUAUGCAUCAACGAAGACUUAGUGUUAAUAGCGAGCUGCAGCCUAAUUUAGACUUGGAGGCAUAAAAGAAAUUGUUUUCAUUAAAA